UAUAAAUUCAUUCUUUUAAAUUUUCUGGGUUCUGGCCAUCCCACGUGACAAGGGUGAGCAAACUUGACAAACAGCUAUCAUUUUCUCCAGAUUUAACACCACAACCCCCAACUGAACGCACAAAAAUCAUGCCGCUCAUAAUCCUCACCGGCUACCCCACAUCCGGGAAAACCCAUCGCGCAAAACAACUCCAAACCUACCUCCAGUCCCGAAUCUCCUCUCUCCCCACCACCUCUCCCUCCUCCAGUCUGCGCGUGCACCUAAUAUCUGACCACACGCUGUCCAUCCCGCGGAGCGUCUACAACCUCGAAACGAAAUCCCAACACGAGCGCUCCAACAAUGCCUCGGAGAAAGACGCAAGGGCCACGAUCUAUGCGGCUGUGAAGAGAGUGUUGAGUACCAAGGAUGUGGUGAUCCUGGAUGGCGCAAAUUAUAUCAAGGGGUGGAGAUACCAGUUGUAUUGUGAGUCAAAGGCGGUGAGGACGCCGCACUGUGUGGUUCAUGUAGGCACGCCGGUGGAGAAGGCGAGGGAGGUGAAUGAUGAGCGGUUGACUGGGAGAACUGCCCUGGCUGGCGAAAAUAGCGGAGAGGGAGAAAGUAGAGAGGAGGAACAGCCGUAUGAGAGUGAAUGUUGGGAGAACUUGGUUUAUAGGUAUGAAGAGCCGAAUGCGAUGGCGAGGUGGGAUGCACCGUUGUUCACGGUACUGUGGGAGGAUGAGAUGCCGCCUUGUGAAGCGAUUUGGGAAGCGUUGGUGGGGCCUGAUGCUGAGGGCGGGAAGAAAGCCGUCAGACCGAAUCAGGCUACCGUGUUGAAGGCGCCGAGUAGUGAGGAUUACCUUUACGAACUGGAUAAGAGCACACAGGCGAUUCUGAAUAAGAUAUUGGAGUGGGCGAAGGAUCAUCCUGGGGAAGGAGGUGGAGAGGUCGCCGUUGGAGAUGGUGCUGAUGAAGAGUUGGUGGUGGAGUUACCAGCAAACUCCGUUGGCCUACCAGCUUUGCAGAGAUUGAGAAGGCAGUUUAUAAGUCUGAAUCGGCAGAAUGCCGUGCCAGUCAAGAGGAUACGAGAGAGUUUCGUCGGAUACUUGAAUGACUCCUUUGAGGCUGCAUAGACACUGGAUAUGGAUGGGCAUUAUAGGAUACAUUGUAGGAUACAUUGGAAAGA